AAAUUUGUAGCGCAGAAGCUUGUGCACGUCGCUGUCUGUAUGCGGGGCUGCUAUGCCUAGAGUACAUAACACGUUUCGUUUAUGCUACAGUAUUAGUUAAAAAAAAUCCAUUUUUGAUUUCCCAGUUGGUACGCCGACGACAAAAUCACAUAGAAGAAGAGAGAGGUUUGUGUUCUUUUCUGGAUCUUCAAGUUUGUUUCUGCGUUUCAAAAAGAAAGGAUGGCGGAAAAACCGGUGAUGGUGGUGGGGAUGGAUGACAGCGAACACAGCUUUUAUGCAUUAGAGUGGACUUUGGAACACUUCUUUGGUCCUUCACCUCCUUUCAAGCUCCUCCUCGUCCACGCCAAGCCUACUGCUACUUCCGCCAUCGGCCUCGCUGGUCCUGGGGGUGCUGAUGUUUUGCCGUAUGUGGAGGCUGAUUUGAGGAAGAUCUCUUCCAGGGUUGCCGAAAAAGCUAAGCACAUUUGUUCUGCUAAAUCGGUAAACGAUGUUGUAGUUGAGGUUGUGGAAGGUGAUGCUAGGAGUGUCUUGUGUGACGCUGUAGAGAAGCAUCACGCCUCUAUGUUAGUUGUUGGUAGUCAUGGUUAUGGAGUUCUCAAGAGGACUGUCUUGGGAAGUGUAAGUGACUACUGUGCUCACCAUGCCCAUUGCAGUGUGAUGAUUGUGAAGCGCCCAAAGGUCAAGGCUUGAGAUAUAUCUGAUUCGUUUUCUGAAAAAGUUCUAGAGUUUAUUACUUUGUUAUGGAUUUCUCCAAGCGGAGGACUUGGUUGAGUGUGUAUUAAUUAUUGUUUGACCCUGUAACCAUAUCUAUAUAUUUUCCAAUGUAAAAGUUCUGCCAUGUAACAUUUAUUGUGGAUAAGUUUCAGACUCUGAAUAAUAAUUGAUGUCUUGCAUCAAAGAAAA